UACUACGAAUUAUACGAGAUCAAAAAAUCUAGUACAAAAUCUUGUCCGUCAUAAACUAUAUUUCAAAUUUUGACAGCUUCGAAUAUAUGUAAACCGCUUUUGUGUAGUGCACUAUAAAAUUCGGCAAUUUUAGUCGAAAUGGAUCUCGCAAACUAUGAUGCGUUAGAAGUUACGAUUGUGCAAAAUCCACAAAUAUUAUCGGCGUCCGAUCUCUCUGAAGAAUAUCAGAAACUGUCAACAUGUUAUAUUGCACAAAAACAACGCAUUGAUCAAUACAUGCAGCAAAUUCACAUACUCAAACAGGAUAAAGCAUUAAAGGACAAACUUUUGGAUCAAGAACUGCAAGAGAUUACAGAAAACUAUGAUCGUGAAUUAAAUAAUGCUAAGAACAGACAUUCAUUGGAAUGUGGGGAACUGCAGAAUCGUCUAACGGAAGCAAGAUUGAUGAACGAGAAAAUCGAGUUAGAAAAUCACCGUUUAAAGUGUGAAUUUGAAGAAAAAAUCAGUCAACUACAAGUGAAAUCAGAUUCAGGAGUAACAAAAACGUGCAAUGACGAUGAAACAAUUGUAUCCAAAAAACGAAUCGAAUACUUAACUAAAGUUGAAUCUGAAUACGCUGAUCUGGCUGAAGAAAUGAAUCAAAUAAAAUUGGAAAAGUCUCAGUUGAUGUCUCGAAUUACUCAAAUCGAGAAUGAGCUGGAAUAUAUGAAAGAAUGUUAUGAGUGCUCGCAACAAAAUUUGAAGUAUAAGUCGGAAGAGCUCGAUGAAACUCGGCACAUCGUUGAUUCUUUGCAAGAAAAAUUGGUUGGUCUUGAAAAUGAACUGAUGUCUUAUAAAAAUGACGAUACCGAUCACAAUAAAAAAGGCAAUUCUCUAUUCGCUGAAGUAGACGAUCAGCGGCAGCAAAUGCGAGAUUUAUUGAGUCGGCAAAAGCAACAAUAUCAAACGAUGAAAUUGAAAUACGAACGGAGCAGUGGGGAAAUAAACAGAUUGAAGCGCGAAAAUGCUGACAUGUUGAAUGAAAUUAAAGAAUGCGUUAAUAUGUUCAAAAAUUCCGAUAAGUUUCAUAAAUCAAAACUAAAUGAGCAUAUUGGCUUCUUGAAAACAGAAAACAAUCGUUUAAGUGAGAAACUCAAACAAACUCAGCUAGAGAUGGAUAGCUUGGCAAAAACGCAGGGCGUCAACUGGCUUAGUUCGAUGUUGGAAUAUUGCGAGAAUGAGACCAAAGAGCUAAACUCGAAAUUGAUGAGUUAUGGAAUGAAAAAAUGUGAAGCUGAAGGACUAUAUGCCCAAGCACAAGAGCGUGCCGCAAAGUGGCGCUUUGAAGCGCUUAAAUCAAGAUGCAUUAUCAUAAAUAGAGAAAUUCUACUGGAAAACAAUAGCAUCAGUUUCGAUCGAAAAAUGCAAAAUAUUCGACAACAGGUUGAAAAACAAUUUGGUCCAAACGAAGAGCCCAUAAUCGACGAUGUUUUAUGUUCGGCCGAAGAUAGUUUGGCGAAGAAUAUUUGUGCACCAAAAAUGGACAACUCCCCAGUACAUGAUGAUGCGACUGAAUGCUGGUCCGAUGUAAAAGAAAUUUUCGCCAAUAUAAACGGUUAUUUACCACCAGCUGAAAACACAAUACAUGGUCGACAUCUCAAAAAUUUACCUCAUGUAGCUGAUAAUACAAUAAUCAUGCUACCAGACGAAGAAGAUUCUUUACAAGAAAAAAAAUCCACAUUUUCCUACAAACGGUACUGAGGUGAUGAGCGAUUAUGCCGAAAAUUCAGGAGCUGUUACAUCGAUUGAAAACAAAGAAAAUAUCAACCAUCUUCCAAAGAAAGACCCGAACCGAUCGAUUGGAUUAUCGCCUGAAAAAACUCAUGAAACGAUACCUGACAUAUUGACAAACAAUUCGGAGCACCAUGAUUCUCAAAACCGUGUGCGACAAGUAAAUGUUGAAAUGUUCACAGUGACCUUGAAGCGCAGGGAUUCACCGAAGAUCGAAAAAUGAAUAUUAAUUACAAUAAUACAUAAUAAUAUUUAGUAAUACAACUUCUCAGUAAAUAAUAAUACAUUUCAUACAAAAACCAUAAA